AUGCCACUAACGAAGGGUUGCAGUCAACUACAUCAAUUCUUGGAAGCAACAGUUCCCGUGGGACUCCCGCAAUUUGUAGUGCUUUAUAAUCAGGCGGCAAAGGUAUCUGAAGCUGUUGUUCCCGACCUUCCACUCCACCACAUCAGAAUCUUCAAUGAGAAGGAAAUUAAUGCAUUGCGUCCCGUCUCCCACUUGAGACCACAAAAGGAAAAGAUGCGCAGGAAAAAGAGACAAAAAAGGAAGAUAAUCUCUCUCUUUCUCAUCCCAAAAUUUUCCUCGGCCAAAUCGCUCCAAUCGGAACAGAUCCGACAGCUCCACGACAUCUUCAAGCGGUUCAACAUGGACCAUGACGGUAGCCUCACCCAGCUCGAGCUCGCCGCCCUCCUCUGGUCUCUCAGCCUCAAGCCCUCCGGCAACCGUGGAUCUUCUUCGCCAACAUGGACGCCAACGACAAAGGUGCUGUUGAGCGAGACCCAAUCAGUGGGUCGGUGCCCCUCUCCUUCGCGGCCUCCGUCAGCUCCAGCACGUCGUCCCAGAGCCGCCGCCGCUAUGCGACGGGCAGAACCUAGAUUCUGGAGGAAAUCGUGGCGGAGUGCGGCUGCAAUGAGGGACUUCUUGGGCGUCAUCUCGAGCACGAGUCCUGACAUGGUUGUUGUAGCCGAGCAGGAGGGGGAACACGAUGGGACGGGCUCUGCAAUUCUCUGA